AUGCCGCCGCCGCCCGCCGCCCUCUGCCUGCCCGCGCUGCUCCUGCCGCUGCUCGUGGCCGUCCCGGGGGCUGCCGCUCCGUGCCCCCGGCCCUGCCGCUGCCCCCGGGCCGGUGCCCUGCUCUGCCGGGAGCCCGGUACCGUGAGCAGCUUGGCUCAGCUGCUGGGAACCGGCGGCUUCACCGACGUCGUCAUCGAGAACCAGCAGAUGCUGCUGACCUUGACCCGGGCUGACAUCAAGACGCUGCGGGACCUCCGGAGCCUCACCAUCUCCGGCUCGGGGCUGCAGCACGUCUCUGCCGAUGCCUUCCUGGACACCCCCAGGCUGAGCCACGUGAAUCUUUCCUCCAACGCCCUGCACGGCCUUUCCUGGAAGACUUUCCAGCAUCUGCGGCUGCAAGAGCUCAUCCUGGUGGGAAAUCCCUUCGACUGUUCCUGCGGCGUCCGCUGGCUCCAGCUCUGGCAGAACGGGAGCCGGGCUGAACUGGGCAACCAGUCCCUGGGCUGCUGGGAGGGCAACGUGCUGGUGCCCCUGGGCAGCCAGCCCCUCCAUGCCUGUGAGCUCCCAACCGUCCGCAUCCAGCAGCCCGAGGUGACCCUGCGCCAAGGGGACAGCAUCAACCUCACGUGUCACAUCGCCGCUGAGCCGCCGGCCACGGCGCAGUGGCUGGUCCCUGAGCUGGCCCCUGAGCUGCCCCUUGUCACCAAGCUCUCGGACUGGGAGAUCGUCUUGGAGAUCAACAACAUCUCCUCCAACCUCAACCACAAAGAGCUGACUUGCCGGGCAGAGAACGCGGUGGGGCCGGCAACAGCCAGCGUGGUGCUGAAUGUUACCUUCCCCCCUGUGAUCCUGCUGCUGCACGAAGCCAUCCCCCAGCACUUCUGGUGCAUCCCCUUCUCGGUGGAUGGCAACCCAGUGCCCAGCAUCCGCUGGCUGUUCAACGGUACGGCCUUGGCCGAGGGUCCCUACAUCUACACCCACAUCGUGGAGUACGAGCACAACUCCACGGUCCUGCACGGCUGCCUCCAGCUCAACCGCCCCACGCACGUCAACAACGGCAACUACACCCUGCUGGUGCACAACCCGCUGGGCUUCGCCUCCCGCAGCGUCCAGGGCCGUUUCAUGGAGAACCCCUUCAGCUUCAGCCCCGAGGAGCCCAUCCCCGUGUCUCUGUCUCCACUGGGCACCAGGAACAGCUCUCUGGAGGGGCCUGUGGAGACAACGGACGAGCACACGUUUGGGGUCUCGGUGGCCGUGGCCCUGGCUGUGUUUGCCUGUCUCUUCCUCUCCAUCAUGCUCAUCGUGCUCAACAAGUGUGGGCGUCAGUCCAAGUUCGGCAUCAACCGCUCAGCAGUGCUGGCUCAAGAGGACGAUCUGGCCAUGUCUCUGCACUUUAUGAACCUGGGCAGCAGCCCCCUCUCCUCGGCUGAGAGCAAGCUGGAGGGAGGGCUGAAGAGCAACUUCAUUGAGAACCCCCAGUACUUCUGCGACGCCUGCGUGCACCACGUGCAGCGGCGGGACAUCGUGCUCAAGUGGGAGCUGGGCGAAGGCGCUUUUGGGAAGGUUUUCUUAGCCGAGUGCUACAACCUCCUCCCGGAGCAGGAGAAGAUGCUGGUAGCAGUGAAGGCGCUGAAGGAGGUGACGGAAAGCGCCCGGCUGGAUUUCCAGCGCGAGGCCGAGCUGCUGACGGUGCUGCAGCACCAACACAUCGUCAAGUUCUACGGGGUCUGCACCGAGGGCGAACCCCUCAUCAUGGUCUUUGAGUACAUGAAGCACGGAGACCUCAACCGCUUCCUCAGAUCCCACGGCCCUGAUGCCAAGAUGCUGGAGCAGGGCCAGGGCCAGCCCCGGGGGCAGCUGACGCUGAGCCACAUGCUGCAGAUCGCCACCCAGAUCGCCUCGGGCAUGGUUUAUCUCGCCUCCCUUCACUUUGUGCACCGGGACCUGGCUACUCGUAACUGCUUGGUGGGUCACGACCUGGUGGUGAAGAUUGGUGAUUUUGGCAUGUCCAGGGACAUCUACAGCACUGACUAUUAUCGGGUGGGAGGCAGGACCAUGUUGCCCAUCCGUUGGAUGCCCCCUGAGAGCAUCCUGUACCGUAAAUUCACCACUGAGAGCGAUAUCUGGAGCUUUGGCGUGGUGCUCUGGGAGAUCUUCACCUACGGGAAGCAGCCGUGGUACCAGCUCUCCAACACGGAGGCCAUCGAGUGCAUCACGCAGGGCCGGGAGCUGGAGCGGCCUCGCACGUGCCCCGCCGAGGUUUACAGCAUCAUGCAGAGCUGCUGGCAGCGGGAGCCCCAGCAGCGCCGCCCCAUCAAGGACAUCCACAGCCGCCUCCAAGCCCUGGUCAAGACCCCUCCAGUCUACCUGGACAUCCUGGGCUGA